CCGUGCCGCUGCUGCCGCUGCUGGCCCAGGGGCCUGGGGGCGCGCUGGGAAACCGGCAUGCGGUAUACUGGAACAGCUCCAACCAGCAGUGAGUCGGGGACCCGGAGAACCCCCUGCGGCGAGAGGGCUACACGGUGCAGGUGAACGUGAAUGAUUAUCUGGAUAUUUACUGUCCGCACUACAACAGCUCAGGGCCUGGCGGCGGGGCGGAACAGUACGUGCUGUACAUGGUGAAUCUGAGCGGCUACCGCACCUGCAACGCCAGCCAAGGCUCCAAGCGCUGGGAAUGCAACCGACAGCACGCCUCGCACAGCCCGAUCAAGUUCUCCGAAAAGUUCCAGCGCUACAGCGCCUUCUCGCUGGGCUAUGAGUUCCAUGCCGGCCAAGAAUACUACUACAUCUCCACGCCCACUCACAACCUGCACUGGAAGUGUCUGCGGAUGAAGGUGUUCGUCUGUUGCGCCUCCACAUCGCACUCCGGGGAGAAGCCGGUCCCCACUCUCCCCCAGUUCACCAUGGGCCCCAAUGUGAAGAUCAACGUGUUGGAAGACUUUGAGGGAGAGAAUCCGCAGGUGCCCAAGCUUGAGAAGAGCAUCAGCGGGACCAGCCCCAAGAGGGAACACCUGCCUCUGGCCGUGGGCAUCGCCUUCUUCCUGAUGACACUCUUGGCCUCCUAGCUCUGUCCCUUCCUAUGACAGAGAGAGGUGGGGUGGGGCUGAGAAGGAGCAGGGAGCCAGCUGUGGGGCCGAUGUCCUUCUUCCCGUAGUUGGGAGUGGGGUCUGCGCUGUACAUCUGUCUGUGCCCGCCUCUCUCUGCCCUCUCGGUCUAGGAAAGGCACUGUAGUGGAUCAGGCACAGGGACAGCCACAGGUCCAAGGUGGCCUGUGGCUUUCGUAAUGUUUGGUACCAAACCUGGGGGCUCUAACAGGCAGUGCUCAGGACUUCCUGCACACCUUCCCCCCUGGUACUUUUCCCUGACCCUUGGUGCCCUCCCUCUUUGUCCCCCAAGAGGCAGAUAUGCCCCAGAGAGAACAAAUGAAGCAUGGGAGGUGUCCCUGUCCACUCUCCUCUGGGGCAGAAGAUGGGGAGGGGACUAAAUGGGUGAGGGGCGGGGCCCCAGGCUGCCCCCUUCCCCUGUUUACAGCAAUAAGCAUGUCCUCCCCCGACUCCCACACAGAGGACUGUGGUUUGGAUCGAAUCCAAGUUUACAAAUAGACACCCCUGGGGGGCAGGGAGCAGGCAGUGGACAGGGGUGGGCAUUGGGGUGCCAGACAGGCAUGUACAGACUCUAUAUCGCUA